AUGGCCGGGAAGGAUCGUGCCGUUACGGAGUUAGAUGCUGGUAUUCACACGGAGAGCAGAAGGGUAGCGGCUGUCAGUUUUUCCGAACAAGAAAUAUUUGUUAUUAUUUGGAUGGCCAUGGUUGCAGCUGUCCCAUGGAUUUACCGGUUUCGCCACCCAGGCUCGCAUUCCUUUCCACUUGUGAUCAACAAGGAAGAGCAAUACAGUGCUACACUUUCAUCCAAAAGGUUGGUGUUUCACUUGCCAGUUCUCCCCAAGGUCUCAUCCUUUGUGGCCGUCACAAUAAGGCUUAUCUCGUCUGCAAUCCCAUUAAAAACCAGUGGUUAUCACUACCUAAACCGAGCUUGCGAUGUAAAAGCUCUGGCAGUUGGCUUUUCGUGUUCAGAGGAUGACAUGAUGAGUUUUAAAGUCAUUCGGGCUUCUAUUAGACUCCCACAAAUUGAAGAUAACAAGCUGCAGAUUGAAACCUUCUCUUCUCAAACUGGCAAGUGGAAAACAUCUCAGCUUUCUUUUCCAUCCAAGUUUUCUUUGAUUCCAUACGAGAAGUGCGACGUGAUGGGAGGGAUUUUUUACUGGCGAGCCAAGGGAGAUGCUGUGGCUGCUUACGAUCCUGGAAUGGGAAAAAAUCAUGUAUGGUUGAUGAGAUUUCCGACUACUGGUUUGAAUGGGAUGGUUAGAGCUAUGCGGGGCUGA